CCCUCACCUGAUGUCAGCGCAGACCCAGGACAAUCAGGCUGACGGACUGACAGACGGUCGGAGCUCCUGGCCCCUCAGACCCAGGCCCCCACGCCGACCUGCUUCACUGAGCAGCUGGCUUUCUUCGAGGCCAGGACUGGGUGAUGGUGUCACUACUCCCUCCGCAAUCUGACGUCACACUUCCAGGCUCUACCCGACUGGAGGGCGAACCCCAAGGGGACCUCAUGCAGGCUCCGGGCCUCCCAGGCUCCCCUGCCCCACAGAACAAGCAUGCCAACUUCAGCUGCUCGUCGUUUGUGCCUGAUGGCCCUCCAGAGAGGGCACCCUCACUGCCCCCCCACAGCCCAAGCAUUGCAUCUCCAGGCCCAGAGCAGAUCCAAGGCCACUGCACCGCCGGACCUGGCCCAGGCUCCUUCCGCCUUUCUCCCUCAGACAAGUAUCCCAGCUUUGGCUUUGAGGAGGGCCCAACAGGCAGCCCAGGGCGCUUCCUCAAAGGCAACCAUAUGCCUUUCCACCCCUACAAGAGGCACUUCCAAGAGGACAUCUUCUCUGAGGCCCAGACGGCCAUGGCGCUUGAUGGACACGCCUUUAAGACUCAGGGUGCACUGGAAGCCUUUGAGGAGAUCCCUGUGGAUGUGGGCGAUGCUGAGGCCUUCCUGCCUAGCUUCCCAGCAGAGGCUUGGUGCAAUGGACUCCCUUACCCCAGCCAGGAACACAAUCAAGUUCUGCAGGGGUCAGAGGUCAAGGUCAAGCCACAAGCUCUGGACAAUGGUCCUGGGAUGUACUGCUACCAGCCUCCCUUGCAGCAUAUGUACUGUUCUUCUCAGCCCACCUUCCAUCAGUACUCCCCAGGUGGAGGCAGCUACCCUGUGCCCUACCUGGGCUCGGCUCACUAUCCCUAUCAGAGGAUCGCACCCCAGGCCAACGCUGACGGUCACCAGCCACUCUUCCCAAAGCCCAUCUACUCCUACAGCAUCCUCAUCUUCAUGGCCCUUAAGAACAGUAAGACCGGAAGCCUUCCCGUCAGUGAGAUCUACAAUUUCAUGACAGAGCACUUCCCUUAUUUCAAGACCGCACCUGAUGGCUGGAAGAAUUCUGUUCGCCAUAACCUGUCUCUCAACAAGUGCUUUGAGAAGGUGGAGAAUAAAUCUGGAAGUUCCUCUCGAAAGGGCUGUCUGUGGGCCCUCAAUCCUUCCAAAAUCGACAAGAUGCAGGAAGAGCUACAGAAGUGGAAGAGGAAAGACCCCAUUGCUGUGCGCAAAAGCAUGGCCAAACCAGAAGAGCUGGACAGCCUCAUUGGAGACAAAAGGGAGAAGCUGGGCUCUCCGCUGCUGGGCUGUCCACCCCCUGGGCUGGCAGGCCCAGGUCCCACCCGGCCCCUGGCACCUUCAGCUGUUCUUUCCCAGCCUCUGCACCCAAUGCAUCCAGCUCCAGGCCCCAUGCCUGGCAAGAACCCCCUGCAGGACCUACUGGGUGGUCAUGCACCCUCCUGCUACGGGCAGACCUACCCACACCUUUCUCCCAGCCUGGCCCCUUCUGGACACCAGCAGCCAUUGUUCCCACAGACAGAUGGGCAUCUUGAGCUGCAGGCCCAGCCAGGCACCCCCCAGGACUCACCUCUACCCGCCCACACACCACCCAGCCACAGUGCCAAGCUGCUGGCUGAGCCUUCCUCAGCCAGGACCAUGCAUGAUUCUCUACUGCCAGAUGGAGACCUUGGUACUGACCUGGAUGCUAUCAACCCCUCUCUCACCGACUUCGACUUCCAGGGAAAUCUGUGGGAGCAACUGAAGGAUGACAGCCUGGCCCUGGACCCCCUCGUACUGGUGACCUCGUCCCCAACAUCAUCCUCCAUGUUGCCACCUCCACCAGCAGCCCAUUGCUUCCCCCCAGGGCCUUGUCUGGCAGAAACAGGCAAUGAGACAGGUGAACUUGCACCUCCAGGCAGCGGCGGCUCCGGUGCUCUGGGAGACAUGCACCUCAGCACCCUCUACUCGGCCUUUGUGGAACUGGAACCCACGCCCUCCUCGACAGCUGCUGGCCCUGCCGUGUACCUCAGUCCCGGCUCGAAGCCAAUGGCUCUGGCUUGAGCUGUGCCCAACGUCAGCUCCAGCCUUUGCCUAGCUGGCUGCCCAUAUCGGGCUCACCUUAAAGGUCAAAGAAGGAAAACACUACCUGUCUCCUAUGCCACUCAGCCAACUUAUUUGUUAGCCGAAGCUGGGGGAUCCACCCAAGAUGCUACCUGGUGGACCCGCUCCUCAUACUGGGCCCCAGCAAGGGAAGUGUCGGAAAAGAAGCAACAGCGCGCCCCCUAGCGCCAGCUCACUCGAACUUCAGCUCUCGAGCGUGAACACACCUGCUCUUCAUGUGCCUUACACUCAGAGAAAGCCUUAGAAUAUCACGGGGUCUGAUUUGAUUUCUGGGGCAGCUGAGAGCUAAAAACUUUAGUAGCAAAGCUCAAGGCCAGUGUGACAGGUCAAAGAUCACCCCCCAAAUCUCAUCCUAAUCCCCAUGUGUUCUACAGGCCUGGCCCACUCUAGUCAUGUUCUCUCCCAGAAAUCUCUAUUUAUUCUCCCAUCUUACACCCUUACAACCUACAGGGGCUCCUUCCAUGUGACCUGUGAACCCCUUACGGAGACAGCUACUUCACAGGAUUUAUCUAUCCAUCCUCACCAUACACUCUGGCUAACCACCUCCAGGGUGACACAGAAGAGGCAGCAUCUACCCUGGGACCAAACUGAGCCCAAAUCCAACACAAAGUGUUUGGAAAAAACUCUUGUCCUCAGAAACUUGAACUUGCCCCCCUCUCUUAGUCUCAGCCACAGGAAAGGCCCCCUCCAGGUUGCCAAGUCUCACUCUUUCUCAAAGAGAGGUUCAUAUACUUUAGGCCCCAGCUUCCUAGAUACUGUUAACAUCUCAAGCAUCCUGGGUAACUCGGGUUUUCAGCCCGCUACAGGAUGGGGUGUAUUGUGAUGUGCGCACGCACACACACACACACACACACACACACACACACCUGCAUAGCAGACUUGGGACUCCCACAGAGCCAGCAGAAUGUCUGUGAAGCUGAGAUUUGACUCAAAUGCCCACCAUGACCCACCAAGUGGGAUCCUCAGCCUUCCCUGGGCAUGAGGGCAACAAGUACCUCCAUAGGUUGUCUCCAAGCUCACACAAGGGUGGGCAGAUCCCUCAGUCAUCUACCAUUGUCCCCUGUUCUGGAACAAUAAAGAAAGUGCCUGAUGGUUGCAA